AAUGAAAUUGUUGGGGAAACUGGGGAUGAAUGUUUCGAUUCCUUGCGAUUGAGAAGGCGUCGCAGGAUUUGUGAAGAAAUCAUGAAGAGCUACGAUGAUGACGAUAUCUCGCAUGUCAGAUUCGUAAAUGUCCAGGAAAUCAAGGAGGAGAUCUUAAGGUAUAAGCCAGGAUCUUUUCUUGAAGAGGCAGGUGGCUUGCAAAGGAGUGACUAUGACAUUCCAAAAACUACAACACUUCUAUUGAUUGGCCCAAGAGGUUCUGGAAAGAGUAGUCUUGUGAACAAAAUCUCGAGGUUCUUGGAACAUGAUGAGUUUGCUUCUGAACGCGCUCAAGUAUCGUAUAAUCUAUCGGGGGAUGGCACCCACUUUCUUCAUGAAUAUAUGAUCCCAAAAGGUUCGACUUCCUUCAGUGUGUUUGACACUCGCAGUUUAUCAGAAGAUUCCUCCGAGAACUUCAAAUUACUCAGGAACUGGAUGACAAAAGGUGUUCAGCAUGGACGGAUGGUUAUGAGAAAUUCAGAUAGUCCAACUGUAAAGACCAUCAUGAAAAACAAAGCACGACACACGCUCCACUCUUCUAGUAAGAAGAGGAUGGUCAAUUUCGUUAUAUUCGUUGUCGAUGGAGUUUCUGUUCUAAAAGCCAUGACUGAUGAAGAUAGCACGCAGUACACCAAGACUGUUUCUAAAGCCUUCAAUUACCCAUAUUUGUCGUUUAAAGAUGACAAGCCUGUUGUUGUGAUCACUCAUGGUGAUGAACUUGCACCUGCUGACCGUGUUCUUGUCCGGAUCCAUUUGGGAGAACUACUUGGAAUUUCGCCAGUAACACAAAUAUUUGACAUCCCAGACAACAACGACGUUCCCACCGAUACGGCUAUUGUCAAAAUGUUACGUCAUUCCCUUGAGCAUGCUGAUAGAAAUCUUCCUUUGAAGAAGGACUCACCAGUGACAAUGAUUGUGACUAUCGCACUCAUCGUUGUGAUAGUGGUUUUGCUCCUUCUCAAACUCACCAAUAAAGGAGUCGCAGGACGCCAGUCACAUAUCCACAGAGACUGGGCCAAGAUCCGUCACAUUUGGUAGAUGGAGACGCACAUCUUUGGGUAAGUACUAGUUACUUGUGCAUCCGCCUACUUUUUGAAUAAAUCUUAUUAGUGUUACUUGCAUAGCUGAAGAUCUUUUAUAUUUUGU